ACAAACGCACACCAUGCCUCUUAGUUAAUUUCCCCCCCUGCCCCAAAAGGUAAGACAACAGCCGGUUAGCUAGCUAGCUUCUUCCAGUACUAUAUAAUGAAUGCACAGACAAGCUAGCAAUGGAAAUCUUCACAUCUCACCUCUCCGGCCAACUAUCUCCUCCUGCUCUCUCUAAUCUAUACUAGUAAAUAAGAUGAAGGUCAAGCAAUAUUCUUGUGUCCUUCUUCUCUACUUCUUAACUCUCACAACCCUCUCCUCCUUGGUAGCCUCGCAAACCUGCAAGAACUCCUGUGGCCAAAUUCCCAUCAAGUAUCCCUUUGGAACUGGCCUUGGCUGUGGGGAUCCACGAUUUCAACAAUACGUGACUUGCAACCAAGAAAAGCUCACUUUAACCACCCAUACUGGCUGCUAUCCGGUCACCAACAUAGAAUAUUCCAGUCAAGUUAUACACAUCUCUGAUCCCUCGAUGUCAACCUGUGCUUGCACUCAAACAAGCAAAGGGUUUGGCCUAGACUGGGACGCUCCCUUCUCUUUUCACGACGAUACAGUCUUUACUUUACUUGACUGCUCAACCACUUCAUCACCUAUCUACAGAACCAAUGGCGCCUAUGAUGUUGAUAGCAACACCACAGUAAUCCCUCAGUGUGACAGAACAGGUGCACCCAUUUGCAGUUUCUUAUAUUCUUGCAGAGCAAUCAGUAUGCUCAAUCUUCCAAUCUCUACCUGCUGUGUUUACACACCAGUAGAUCUUGGGCCUUCUUUUGAAAUGGAUUUACAAAAGUUGCAAUGCACUUCAUACUCUGGGUUCUAUAGCUUCAAUGGCCAAGAAUCUAACCCUGAAAACUGGAAGUAUGGGAUAGCACUUAAAUACAAGUUCAAUGUGUACAAUGACUAUCCAAGUUCUUGUGCUAACUGCGAGAGAAGUAAUGGAGUUUGUGGUUACGGCGGAGCUUACAACACAUUUGUUUGUAACUGUCCUGGUGGCCUCAACACAACAUCAGAUUGUUUCUUUCGAUCACCAUAUAAUCACAGUCCGAGGCUUCUCCCAAGGCACACUGCAGGCAAUUUCUUGAUCUUUUCAUUGGCAUACUUUAUGGUCCGGGUCCUCUUUUAGAGCUACCCCGAAUAUUUUCAGUCUGACAGAAAUCCAAUGAUCUACAAGUAAUGCCAAGAUUUCUCUCUCGUGUGAGACAGCUAAAGAAUGCAAGCCCGUAUAAGUAUUUACAUAUAAUGUAAGAAUUCAGUGUACCUUAAGAUGGAAGAAAUGUGCAAAAGAUAAACAGUUUCAUUCUUCUUUUUCA